ACAGCAGCCGCAGCUCGCGCUUCGCACUGCAUUGGCGCGACCGCUGAUUUAGGGUUUCGAACAGUCGGAAAAAUCCAAUCGAGCGCUCCCCCAGCAACCUGCGCGAGAGCCUCUGCCCUCGAGUCGCCAGCUCUCGCCCUGCACGCGUCGAGGAGGGGAGGAUCGGCGGCGAGGAUCGUCACCGGCCGGCGAGCCCGCGGCGGCGGCGGAGAUGGAGGAGUACGGAGGCCAGAGCCAGUACGAGGAGGACAACCCGUUCGCCUUCGACGGCGGCGAGGAGGUCUACGAGUACCAUCAACAGCAGCAACAGCAGCAGCAGCAGCAGCAGCAGCUGCAGCAGACGGAGCGGCGAUAUUCGGGGCGCGACGUGGACUCGUUCGGAGGCGGCGGCGGCGGCGGCGACGGCGGCGAAGAAACGGACCGGAGGCGUCCGGCGGAGCACCGUGACUCUUCUUCGAGGAAACUCUUUGUUGGAGGCAUUUCCUGGGAGACUACCGAAGACAGAUUCACUAGUUAUUUUAGCAAGUAUGGAGAAAUUGCUGACUCUGUGAUUAUGACGGACAAGUAUUCUGGAAGGCCUCGAGGUUUUGGAUUUGUCACAUUUGCUGAUUCAGUAGUUGCCGAUAAGGUUUUGGAGGAAUGCCACGUCAUAGACGGUAGAGAGGUAGAAGUGAAGAGGACGAUCCCCCGGGAGGAUAUGGAAGGAAAAUCAGCAUUAAAGACAAAAAAGAUCUUUGUCGGUGGACUCCCAGCAUUCCUGAGUGAAGAUGAGUUGAAGGAGUAUUUCUCUUUCUAUGGUAGUGUUGUUGAGCAUCAAAUAAUGCUAGACCACACGACUGGACGGUCUAGAGGCUUUGGGUUUGUCACAUUUGGCGAAGAAGAUGCAGUUGAAAGGAUAAUAUCAGAAGGCAAAGUGCAUGAACUUGGAGGGAAACAGGUGGAAAUUAAGAAGGCCGAACCAAAAAGGGGAGGUAGUGACUACAGCGGAAGCCAUUCCAAAUUCAGAGGCAGUUUCAACAGUAGUGCGGGUGGUUACGCUAAAGAAUAUCAUCCAGGAGAUGGGUUUGGUGGGAAAGUAAACAGAAAUUUUGGUGGGGGUUAUGGAGGUUUUGACGGUUAUGGAGGCUAUGGAAGUUAUAUUGGAAGCUACGGUGGAAGCUCAGCUGCAUUUUAUGGUGGAUAUGGUUAUGGCUACAGUUUUGGGGGCCCAAUGUAUGGUGGCGGCACUUAUGGAGGCAGCAGCAGCUAUGGUGCCCCCAGUGGUUAUGUCACGAGCGGUUUUUAUGCUGGUAAUAGAGGCUAUGGAAGAGGUGGUGGUGGCGGUGGCGGUGGCGGCGGCGGCGGCACCGGCGGAACGGCGGUAUCCAUGGCAGUGGUAAGGGAUAUGGCUAUAAUUCCGCAGCAAAUGGGGCUGCAAUGGCCGAACGGUACCAUCCUUAUGGGAGAUGAGAUUUUUAUUGGCUUGAGUAGUGUCAAUGCACACGGAACGGAAGGACGUUUGUCCCUCACGGUUAAGGCUUGUUACUUGAUUAACACCUCUCCUGUGCAUAAUAAUAGCAUAGCCGAUAGAAAGGGCACCUUGUAAUUAUCAGACAGAUUGAGAUGUGUUGUUUAAUCUAUGAUUGGGGAUGAAUAUGAGCCUGUUUAUUUGGACAUUCUUGACCUUCUGCUGUAUCAGUGGUUGAAUCACCUGGGUUGAUAGUUAUUACAUAGGUGAUGCUGUUAUUGUU